AUGCCGACCUCGAUUGACUCCUUCUCCUCGUCGGUCGCGCACACUCAUGGAGUGCCCUUGGGCACCUUUGCAGGGGCUCUGGAAAAGAAUCUGUCGGCCUUCGAGGCCACAGAUGUGCCGCCCGACAGCAAUGGUCCCGGUCGCGAUGUUUCCGGCGACGUGAUAGACGACGGGCUACGGCGAGGGUUGAAGGGGAGACAUUUUGUCAUCAUUGCACUUGGCAGCAUCAUCGGGCCAGGCACCUUCUACGGCUUGGGCUAUGCCAUCUUCCUGUCUGGUCCGCUGGGCGCCCUGCUGGGCUUCAUCAUCGUUGGGAUUUCCGUAUGGGUGCUCAUGCAGAGCGUCGGCGAGCUCACCACCUUGUUCCCCAUCCACGGUGGAUUCGUUGAGCACGCUGGGCGCUUCGUCGACCCGGCACUGAGCUUUGCCAUGUCUUGGCUGUACUAUAUCAUGUGGAGCGUCUUUCUUGCUUCAGACUGGAACUCCGCAAUCUUGAUCCUCCGUUACUGGGUCCCAGAAUCAUCCUUUCCGUCCUACGCCUGGGCGUUGAUCUUCUGGGCGGUCUUCUCAGUCAUCACGCUUCUCGGUGUCAACGUCUACGGCGAGCUGGAGUACUUCUUCGGCAUGUUCAAGUUUCUGUCCCUGAUCAUCCUCUUCAUCCUCUCCAUCGUGGCAAACGUAGGCGGGUUUGGUGGUGGCUACGUCGGAUUCAGAUACUGGACAAAGCCAAACGGUCCCAUCAUCCACGGCAUUGACGGAUUCGGCCAGGUCUUCGUGCUAGCAGCCGCGUACUAUGUCGGCACCGAGAUCAUUUCUCUGGCUGCAGGCGAGUCGCGGAAUCCCAAAAAGGAUGUUCCAAGAGCCAUCAACUCCGUGGUAUACCGCAUUCUUGUCGUCUACAUCGGGAUGCCGUUCUUCCAGGGCCUGAUCUGCCCAUCAUCUUCGCCGGAACUUCUCAAUGCAGAUUCGGUGGUCGCAUCGUCGCCCUUUACUAUUGGGUUUGUCGCCGCUGGAUGGAAGACAGCCGGCCACUUCGUCAAUGCCUUGAUCACCGUCGCGUUUGUGUCUGCCGCCAACGGCGUCGUCUACGUCCAGUCUCGCACGAUUUACUCGUUGGCGCUGACGAAACGAGCGCCCAAGAUCUUUGCAAAGACCACGUCCCGUGGAGUCCCCUACGUCGCCAUCCUCACCUCCAACCUCUGGGGCUUCCUCUGCCUGAUGAACCGCAAACUAAGCGCCGGCCAAGUCUUCUCGUACAUGACCAGCGUGGGCGGCACGGCGGCCUACAUCGCCUGGGCCGGCAUUGUCUUCACGCACCUGCGCAUCCGCGCCGCCGCCGACAAACAGGGCAUCGACGUCAAGACGUUCCCCUACCGCGCGUUCGGCAGCAUCUGGAUCUACCGGGCCAAUUUCGUCUUCAACGUGUUUUUGCUGCUGAUCCAGGGGUAUGUGGUGUUCAAACACCCAUUCAACUGGCGCUCCUUUAUAGCGUGCUACAUCACGAUCCCGACGUUCUUUAUCCUGUUCUUUGGAUAUAAGUACUACUUUAAGACGCAUUGGGUUCGCUUGCACGAAGUCGAUUUCUCGGACCGCAGAGAAUGGGUCGCCCCGGCGCGACAAGACGUCAAGGAUUCUCGAUCACUGAAGCACAAGGUCUGGGAUAUAUUUAAAGACUGA